GCCUCGCCUCGCCGCACCGCAAACCAUCGAGGGCGGGCAGGGGCACCUAGCGGAGGAGCACGCGGCAAGCUCGUCGUCAUCCAAGCCCGCGGCCCCUUUCUCGCCGGGCGCGGCCAUGGCGGCGGAGGUCGAGGGCGCCCGGAAGCGCGGGGCGGCGGCCUUCCUGGACGACCCCUUCGAGGUGCUGCUGCAGGCGAAGCGGGGCCGGCGCUCGCCGUCCGCCGCCGCCGCCGCGGUCGCCGACCUCGGCAUCAGCAUGGAGUUCGACCCCGUCGCGGCGCUCCAGGAAAUCUUCCCCGGCGCCGAGCCGCUGCUUCUGCGAGGCUAUCUCGAAGCGUCGGGAAAUGUCCUGGACGCUGCCAUCAGAAGCUUCAGGGAUUAUUUGGCAUCGGAUUCAGCGACGACCAAUGCCGGUGCCUCCUCAUCUGGAGUGGCAUCUGAUGCGCCGGUGAUGAAUGCUCCAACCAACAGCACUGAAUGGGUGGAGCUAAUUGUCAAGGAGAUGUCAGCCGCUUCGGAUUUGGCCGAUGCCAGGAAUCGAGCCUUCAGGAUACUUGAAAUGUUCGGCAAAUCUAUGGCAAACUGCAGUACUCCUGAUGAAGAGCAGAAACUGCGUGAGGAGAACAAGAUACUGAAGCAGAUGCUGGGAGCCCUGCUUCAGCAGGCCAGCAUCCUGAAGCGAGCCGUCGUCAUCCAGGACAACCGGCUUAAGGACUACCAGAACAUGGUGCAGGAGCGGUCCCAGUUCAACGAGAUCGUCGCCAAGUACCAGCAGCAGAUCAAGGAGCUACAGGAUGUGAACUAUGCGCUGUCUACCCAUAUCAGGCAGGCGAAUCAACCGCGUGUCAUAUCCGGGCGCCGCAACCCCGACGUCUUCUAGGCGGCCACCGCUGUGCCACUGAAGCUGCGAUUCGGACGCGAGAUCCUGAAGCUUCGAUUGUCGAAGGAAUCAUCAUAUAUACAAGAAAACAUCUCUGUGUAGUUUAUAUGUUUGACACAAUAUGUGUACACGUUUUGCGCUGCACGAUCUUUUUGAAUUCGUGUCGGUAUUAUGGAGGAUCAUGUGUGAAUAUGAUGGUGAUCACUGGGUGUUAUGUCUGGC